AUGAAUUGUGAUGGAAUGAGCGCUGAUGUGCGAAAUGAUUACGCCGAAAUAUGGAAUGAAAUCAAAGAUUUCACGGCAAUUGAUGGGGAUAGUGCAAAAUUGCUGUUGCUGUCAGAUGACUGGAAUAUAGUUGUUGGCUCAUUCGAUGCUCUUUUUGUCCGUGCAAAGGAGACUUCAUUCUGUACGUAUUUUUGCACUUCUCUGAGGUACUAA